CCCAGCUGUCCCCUCCCACAGUGAUGGGGCGGGCGGGGAUGCUGAGGCAGGGGCCUGGGACCUCCUUGCUGGAGGAGAGGGCCACGAGCCUGAGGGCCACGUGGGGAGCAGCCGCCGAGGGGUCCGGGGGGUCCGGGCCGCCGGCGGCCGCCAGGGCUGUGCAGGCGGCUGCGCGGAGCCGGGGACGAGGCCGCCCCGGGGUGGCUCGGAGCGAGUGCUCGGCGUCGCCGGCUGGAGGCGCCCGACCCCGCGGCCCCGCCCCCCGCCGGGGCUCCUCGCAGCCUCGGCCAGAGCGCCCCCAGCCGGCGGGCCCCCGACCCAGGUGGGGCUCGUCGGUGGGCCUGGCGGGGCGGGGCCGGCGGGAGGAGGGCAGGAGCGCCAUGGAGGCCGAGCCGGCCCCCGACUUCUCGAGGAUGCUGCGCGAGCUGCUGGCGCCGCCCUGUCUGGACCCCGAGCCGCCCCCGGCGCCCCCCGCCAGGCAGGACCCGAGGCCCCCAGGCCGCCUCGGACCCAGCGGCAGGUCCUUCUGGCCUGCACGCGGGGACUCCGUCAGCGCCCUGCACUUCCUCCAAGAGACAGCGGAGGGGCUGGCCCAGCCCCCUCCCGCGGACCAGCCUGCCCUGGGGCCCUGCUGGGAGCUCAAGGCCCUAGGGACUCUGGGACCCCCGAGUCCGCCCAGGGAUGCCUGGAAGGUGCUGACCCCGAUCAGUCCGCAAUGCUGCAGCCUGGGGUCCCCGGGGGCUCCCCCGGCCCCUCCGGCCACACCAGAGAGGAGGCCCCGGAAGCAGCCGCACCCCCAGCGGGGGGCCGAGAAAGCGGACCCCCGGUUCCAGGGGGUGACCCUGACGUUUGAGAUCAAGCCGGAUUGCAGCCUGCACAUCACACCCAGCUUCAGCCCGGCCUGCAGCAGCCGUCACCAGCCUCCCCCGACAGGCCCGGCCCGGGGCCCUGAGGCCAGUUCAGGAGGCAGCGAGGCCCUGGGGCCCCGACGCUGUGCUUCCUGCAGGACCCAGAGGACCCCUCUCUGGAGAGAUGCCGAGGACGGGACCCCUCUCUGCAACGCCUGUGGCAUCAGGUGCCCAGGGCAGAGGAGGGGGCUGGGGUGGGGGCCCCAGAGCAGUCCACACUUGGCCAGCGUGGGGUAUCGGGAAGGAAGAACCCCCCCAGCCCUUGGGGAAGGUGGUCCCCUUUUGGCAGUUUCUGGGCCCCCGCUGCAUCCUGACUGUUUCUUGUCCCCCUUCUCCAGGUACAAGAAAUAUGGCACCCGGUGCGCCAGCUGCUGGCUGGUGCCCAGGAAAAAUGUCCAGCCCAAGAGGCUGUGUGGCAGGUGUGGGGUGUCCCUGAGCCCCCACCCAGGCCCAACUCAGGAAAGCUAAGCCGCUCGUCACCCAUGAGCCUGUCCUGCCUCAGUUUCUCCACGGAGAGAAUGGACAGAAGCCCUUCUAGCAGGAGUGGAGGAAGACCUGGGUUUGGAGGGGUCCCCAGGCUGCCUCCUCCCCGUUCAGGGACCCCAGGUGGAAGACCCAGGCCUCAGGCCCCAGAGCCCCUGACUCAGGGGGUCCCUGGCCCCCUCCCUGCCCCCGCUCCCAUCCAGCUUGGCCGAGCCCUUGGGAAAGGCCCUGAGCUGCAAUCCUCAUAUUGUUAACAGCAGUGACAAUAAAGAGCUGAACCUCUCAGAGAA